GUCCGCACCACGUGCAGCAGCGGCGGCGGACCCGGGGCCGGCGCGGGGCAGCCGGGCGCGAGGCCCUCGGAGGGGCCGCUGGACCCCAUCUACCCCACGUACUCGGCCCUGCUGAAAGUGGCGCAGAUGGUCACUCUGCUGAUUGCCUUCAUCUGCGUGAGGAGCUCGGUGAGGGUCAGCCACAGCGCCUACAGCUACUUUGAAGUGGUCGCCGUCUGCAACUUGAUCAUGAUCCUUGUCUUUUACCUGGUGCACCUCUUCCGUCUCUACCGCCUGCUCACCUGCAUCAGCUGGCCCCUGUCGGAACUUCUGCACUAUUUAAUCGGAACCUUGCUCCUCCUAAUCGCCUCCAUUGUGGCAGCCUCCAAGAGUUACAGCCAGAGCGGACUGGUCGCUGGAGCGAUCUUCGGGUUCGUGGCCACCUUCCUCUGCCUGGCGAGCAUCUGGAUGUCCUACAAGAUCUCGUGUGUGGCCCAGUCAGCAGAUGCAGCUGUGUGAUGCCACCCCAGGCCCGGCCCCGAGGGAGGCCCUGCGGACAGGAGGGUCAGGGGGCCAGCCUCCACGAAGGGUUCUGACCCUGCCCUCUUGUGCCAAAGCCCCAUCCACGCGGGUGGGCCCAGGAGGGGGCUUCGGCGUCCCUCCUGGGCUCCUGAGCCUCGCUGAGCCUCUCUUUCCAGUCCUUGGAGAACAGUCCUCCCCGCCUGGGAAGGAACACCAGCCUCCAGGGAAAUCUGGUCUCUCCCUCCCGCUUUGAGAACCGACCGCCUCAGGGACUGAUGACCCCACUUAACACACGGGAGGGGUUUCUGAAGACUCCUGCCUGAAUCUGUUUCUACUUCACAUUCCUGGGGGGGGGGGAGCCGCCGUAGGUCCUCUUACAGAAACCAAGCUGUCUCGUCAUUGGUCUAGCUUGGAAAGCCCCUCUGGGAGAGACCCUCUUUUUUAAGUGAGGCGUGUCUGCAGAAAAACUCUGUGGUCAGCCUGUCCCCAGAAACGAGAUCCCGGCUCCUUUCGGGCCUCAGCCUUAAUUCCCAUUGUGUGUGUGUGUGUGUGUGUGUGUGAUGUGUCUGUGUGUGGGCAUGUGUGUGUUUUGUAAUAAAAUAUUGACUUGGCCAACUGCA